AUGAGAGAGACUUUGACGAUCAACACGUCAUCUUCAUCUUCGUCUCAAAGGCUGCUCCGAUCAAAUCCAUCAUCGAGCAAGAACACCAUUGAAAGAGGAGGAUUUGGCGCGUUGAUGAUGGACGUUGGAGACGACGCGGGAGAACGCCUUUUAGAGACUCCUAAAAACGAUGAUGAUGACGACGAGAGGAACACGACUCGUAAGAAUAAGAAAUCGUUCAACAACGCGCACUCAAAAAAGCUGCUCGUUUUAUUGUUCCUGUCCGUUUUUGCGCUCGUAGUACUCUCGUUCAAAGCGGGAUACGACACGGAAAAGCAAGAUGAAUUAGCCUUGCCUUUACCGAAAUGGGCGGCAGAUUUAGUUUUCUCGAGCGCGAAGAAACGCGUCGACGGUAGCGGUAGUUUUAGCGAUAAUAAGAGUUAUAAGAAGAGAGAUUUAAAGGACACGCACGGGAAGAGCGAUCCUUUGCAAUCGUUUAACUGGAGAGAAGGGUUUGAGAACAACAAUUGGGAUUACGACGAGCGGGUGCGAAACAUGGCGCGGUGGAAACACGCUCCGGCAAACGGAGGAGAGAAGUUUACCGUGUGUUUUAAAGAGGGGGAGAAGUUUAACUUUUUCGGGGCGUAUAACUUUAUAAACACGGGGUUGAAGAAACCAGGGAUGUGCGUGAAAAACGUGAAACUGAACGCGAACGUGGACGAUCCGUCGUGCGACGUGAGGAUGUUUCGGAAUCAACACGUGCCGGAGGUGAGGCCGAAGACGAACCCGAAACAGGUGGAUAUUUUUUUCACGCACGAAAGUCCGUCCAUGUACUCGCCGGAGAUGAAAGACGAGAAGUUUCGAAACUCGUUCGAUUACGUCGCGGAUUACGAGAAAACGAGCGGGUUGUGGUUCCCGUUCGCGGUUCCAGUGUUUGAGAUGAAGGAAGAUUUCCCGUUGUUUACGAUUCCGAGGAAAGAGAGGAUCCCGGGCGUCGCCUGGUUGGCGAGAGAUUGUUUAAGCAAUCGAGCGGAAACGCUGAGGAAGAUUAGCGACGCGUACCCGGUUUUUUCGGUUGGAAAUUGCGCGAAUAACGUGAAUGCAAACUCGUUUCCAGAAAGCGUGAUGGAAGCGCCGAGAAAUCGCGAGACGAGUUUCCAAGAGCCUUUGAGUAACUUUAUGUUUUAUUUUGCAGUAGAAAACGUAGGGGUGUCGUGUCCAGAAUACGUGACGGAGAAAAUAUAUUACGCGUUGAGUCGAGGAUCGAUCCCGAUUUACAUCGGGUGGGAAGGCGUGAACGAGUUAUUACCGGGACGAGACAGUUGGAUCGAUUUGAGAAACUACGCGACGCCGCAACAGUUAGCUAAAAGAUUGAGAGAAAUCGCCGAAAGCGACGAGGAGUGGGAGAAAAUGCACAAGUGGAGAUACGAAAAUCCGAACGCGUGGCCGAAACUGUUCCAAAAAGCCAUCAGACAGCAAACCGAGGACAGUAAGAACGCCUUGUGCGCGUUGUUGCAAAACGGCGAGAGCGGCAAGAGAAGGAAAGCGGGCAAGGAACCGAAACUGUGCGAACGACAAACGAAAAUUUUCGGCCAGGAUUUGAAAAUUGAUGGCCAAGAAGGGUUCGGGGCGUUUAAAAGAGACGACAUCGACGAAGCACACUUAGGAACGAAUUCUUUGACGGACAAAGACGUCGGUGUUGGAGGGAAAAUGCACGCGUGGGAGAAACAUUUGAAGAAGACGUGCGACACCGAUAACUCGUGCUUCAAGUUUAUCAAUUAA